GUAGACGUCAAAAUAUUAGGUGUCCAUUGUGCCGCACUAAAAAUCGAAAAAAAUGCGUUUGUUACUGCCCUAUUUAAUUCAAACGUGAGUGGCAACUCAUCGUCAAGGCGCCAUACUCAAACAAAUAGAAAAGCGGAUAAUUGUCAAACUUACGAGAUCUUUAACUUUCAUCUCCAUGAAGACCUCCAAAUCAGCAAUGCAGACCUGCUCUCAAGGAGAAUGUGGUAUUUGGCUGGACACUGUGCAACUGAAAAGAAAAGCUAAACAGAAACGUCUAGCCCGUCCCAUUUCAAAACUGCUGAAUCCCUUCGCUGAAGGUGCAGGAUACAGUUUGGCUGUGGCACUGAACUUCACUCAAACCAACAUGGAAAUGCCCAAGACCAAACAGACCUCUAUAUCAACCUUCUUCACACCUCAGCACAGAAUUCUCAAUAAGAUGUCUGCAUCCGAAAUACCAAAGAUGGAUCCAGUACAGUCCUCCCCAUCAUCUAUCUCAACUGCAUCCACAACUCUUGCAUCAAGGACAAAACAAGAAUGUGCAGGAGAUCUUGAAAAGUCUGACUUGUAUAACUCUCAGUCUGAUGUGGAUCAUGAGUGGAAAAGUGUAAAUGUGACUGAGUCUGAGGCAGCAGUGUGGCAGGAGCAGGAUGAGGCAAGUCAAAUGCCUUCUCAAUCCAUGUAUUGUGAAUCUGAAAAGGAACCUUCUGAGGAGUUUAGUCCACCACAGAGUAAGAAGCAGUCCACUGACGACUCCUAUUUGCCAGGUAACAGUCAAUGUCUUCUACAGGCAUGGAGUCAGGACCCACUGUUCACCCUUAGCCAAUAUUCUGAUAGUGAAUUUUACCUGACUAAACAGAAAAACACACCGGUGAAGAAGUUUAGUAGUGCUGAGCAAAGUUUCCUAAAUGAUCUGCAGUGCGACAAGGCUUUUGGAUUCCCAAUGGAUCUGGAGGAGAGAACCUCCACUCAAAAACUAUUUAAACACUUUCAUUCUUCUCAGAUGGAUGAUGAGAAAGAAAACAGGUCAUUAUCUGCUAAUUCCCCAAGUAAGCACUCAUCUUUCUCUCAUCCUGGAUCUCUUUCAAAUCACAAGUGGACAGAAUGGAAAACUGCAUCACCUCGAAAACACAUCACCGAGCAGCUGUGGAGAGAGGCUGAUAAAGAAGAGAGCUACAACUCACAGUUCAAGUGGACAAAUCCGAGGAGCACACCUCUUAAAAAACAAGCACCUCAGCAGCAAAGCAGAGCAGUUGAUGAGGACAGUCUGGCCAUGUUAUUUACCCAGGACUCUGAAGGCCUCAAGGUGAUAGCACAUAGGAGUCUGCAAACCAGAAGUCCCCUUAAUGAUCAGAGUAAUAUCAGCACUGGGACAGUGAGAACUACUGCUUACAAAUCUCUGGUGGAGGAUGACGAGGAAGACGAGAUGGUCUUUACUCAAGACACUCAGGGAAAUAUGGUGAUCAAAAACUGAAAGGAGCCUUUGAAACGGUACCCAAACUCUUACUGUAUGCGGAUAAUAUCUAAUUCAGCUUGUGCUUCUUUAAAACUGAUCUGAAAAUUUUUGCAUUUUCCUGGAGGUUUCAAUCGUUUCCAGUUCCCCAUGUUAAUGUGUGUUUCUACGAUGCCGUUUUGUUUUUUUUGUUUUUUUUUUUUGUAUUCUUGUUUUGGUCUCUGUGAUAGUGAAACCUUUUUUGUAACAACAUGAACAAGCAAGAACUGAGGGUUUAAAUUUUAUU